AUGUGGGGAGAGAGACAAACAAUGGUGGUGUUAAAAAGCGUGGUUCUUUUAAUGUCAUUUCAACUACUGCUCAUGGUGAGAGGUUCUAUGGUACAGCUGAAAAACGGUGGCUAUGAGGACAUUGUUAUUGCAAUUAACCCCCAGUUACCAGAAAAUGACAAGAUAAUUGGAAAUAUACAGGCCAUGGUUAAAGAAGCUUCUACAUACUUGUUCCAAGUAACAAAACAACGGUUCUUUUUCAAGGUUAUAAAAAUUAUCAUUCCUCAGACAUGGCAGCAAAAAAGUAACUAUUCAAGACUAAAAACGGAGUCAUAUGAUAAGGCAGAUGUCAUAGUGGCUGAUCCCUUCUUGAAGUAUGGAGAUGAUCCGUACACUCUGCAAUAUGGAGGAUGUGGAGAAAUGGGACGAUACAUUCAUUUCACACCUAACUUCCUCUUAAGCGACAGUUUGUUCGAUAUCUAUGGAUCACGAGCCAGAGUCUUUGUCCAUGAAUGGGCUCAUCUUCGGUGGGGGGUGUUUGAUGAAUAUAACAAUGAUGCACCGUUUUAUGUGUCUAAUGACUUUGGAGAAGCAAAAGUUGAAGCAACAAGGUGUUCAGCUAAUCUUACCGGUCAAUAUAUAUUCCAAAGCUGCCAAGGAAACAAAUGCACUAUUAGGCAAUGCAAAUACAGUAAUAUGACAAAUCUGUUUGAAGCUGGAUGUAAAUUUGUUCCAGAAAAAAGGCAAACUGCCUCAACAUCUAUAAUGUACAUGCAAGGCUUACCUUCUGUGGUUGAGUUCUGUGAUAAACACAGUCAUAAUGAAAAAGCUCCAAAUAUGCAGAACAAAAUGUGUAAAUACAAAAGCACAUGGGAAGUAAUUAUGAACUCUACUGACUUCAGCAAAGCCUCGCUAAUAAACAGCUCUCAUCCUCCAUCUGAGCCCUCUUUUGUACUGUUACAGGCCAGGGACAGAGUUGUCUGUCUAGUCCUGGAUGUUUCUGGGAGUAUGGGUGCUCAUAAACGGAUUUCACGACUCUAUCAGGCUGCAGAGACAUUCCUGGUGCAGAUUAUUGAAAUCGGUUCCUGGGCUGGAAUUGUCACUUUCUCAUCUUCAGCAACAAUUCAAACUUACCUACAACAAAUAGUCAGUGAGAAUGUGCGCCAGGACCUUAUCAAAUACCUGCCUACAAGAGCUGAUGGAGGAACUAACAUCUGUGCAGGCGUACGGCAAGGAUUUCAGGUGAUUAAGGCAAAGUUCUCAAACACAGAUGGGUCUGAAACUGUGCUGCUGACAGAUGGAGAAGACAACACUAUGAGAAACUGCCUUGAGGAGGUGAGAAGCAGUGGAUCAGUCAUUCACACCAUUGCUUUAGGGCCAAAGGCAGCCCCAGAACUAGAACUAUUUUCGAAAAUGACAGGAGGUUUGCAGUAUUCUGCUACAGACGCCCUGGAAUCCAGUAGUCUAAUUGAUGCAUUCAGUGGGAUUUCAUCAGGAAGUGGAAAUAUUUCUCAACAAUCUAUUCAGCUUGAAAGCAAAGCUCUCCAAGUUGCAGUUAGUCAGUGGAUGAAUGGGUCAGUGACUGUUGACAGCACUGUAGGAAAUGACACCUUCUUCGUAGUUACGAGCAGUGGGUCUUUACCAAGCAUUUUCCUCACGGACCCUAAAGGAAAACAGUAUGGAAAUAUUAACUUUACUACUAGUACUGCAAACCCCAAAACAGCUCGACUCACUAUAGCAGGCACCGCAGAGUGGGGAGACUGGCAUUAUCAGAUUCAAAAUACAUAUACAGCCCUUCAAGUCAUAUCAAUGACAGUAACCUCUCGAGCAGCAUCUUUGGAUGUGCCUCCAGUGACUGUGAGAGCUCACAUGAAUAAAGAUACAAACAGUGUUCCUAGUCCAAUGGUUAUUUAUGCAGAAGUUAGCCAAGAGUUCUUGCCUGUUCUUGGUGCAACUGUGAUAGCCACUGUUGAAACUCAGGCUGGAACUGCAGUAGAUCUGGAACUUCUUGACAAUGGCUCAGGUGCUGAUGUUGCCAAGAAUGAUGGAAUCUAUUCCAGGUUCUUCACAUCUUUACAGGCAGAUGGUAGAUACAACUUGAAAGUGCGUGUCCAUGGAAAAGAUAAAACUGUCAGAUUGGGCAGGAGACAAAGUCGAGCCUUGUAUGUGCCAGGCUACAUAGAGAACAGUACAAUCCAAAUGAAUGCACCAAGACCUGAAGUUAAUAAUGAGGAAAUUCAAGCAAAACUAGGAAGCUUCAGCAGAACAGCAUCAGGAGGUUCUAUUGUAGUGAGUGGAGUGGAAGGAGGAUAUGCUGAUAUAUUUCCACCCUGUAAAAUUAUGGAUCUGGAGGCUCAGAUAGAAGAUGAAAGCAUUCGCUUAUCAUGGACAGCUCCAGGGGGAGACCUUGACAUGGGACAAGCUAAGCAGUACAUAAUAAAAAUGAGUGAAAGUUUCCUGGACCUAAAGGAAGCCUUUGAGAGUGCUACUUCUGUGAAUACCUCUAGUUUGAUACCUCGGCCUGCCGGCACCAAAGAAUCAUUUCAAUUUAAACCAGAAAAUAUAACAGCAGAAAAUGGUACCAUAAUCUAUAUUGCAGUACGUGCCAUAGAUAAUGCCUCCUUGACCUCAGAACCAUCUAAUAUAGCACAAGCUGCCUUGUUUUUGCCUCCAAGGCAAUCCUUGCCUAAUACUCCUCCUCCUCCUCCUCCUCCUCCUAAUAACAAUAACCCUAAUAAUGGUGUUAAUAUUACAAUAGUAGUUCUAAUAGUAACUGGGUCUGUAGUAGUUCUGUGCAUUAUUAUAAGUACAACCAUGUGUAUUUUACAUAAGAAACAUGGAAGGAGAGGCACUGCCAUGAGCGCAUAAUAUAACUGUAAAAUGAAAGUUGAGAAGAAAUGUAUCCUUAGAAGUUCUAGUUAUAAUUUUCAAAAUGCAUAAAAGACAUAUAUUUGUAAUAUACAGUAUUGAUGAAUUAGUUGCAAUGAUUUUAAAACAGAUACCCAUUUAUGUGCCUUUCUUGUCUAUUUAGUUGUAGCCUUGCAAUAGUUCUCCUACUCAAAGACAUGUACAUAGAUUAAAUACUACAUAUCAAAUCAUGUUCACUCAGUAAUUCAUAUCAGCCAACUUAGAAUAGUCUUGGCUCUUUAACUCUUACUUUUUUAGAUUUCUGCAACAUUAUGCCUUCUUUUCUUUAUUAGGUAAAGUGAGCAUAAUGUUUUUCUAAGGGCAUGUACAGGUGUUACAUUUCUAGCGGGAGAAAUGCUGUUUUCCCUCAAGAAACUGGGAGCACACGGGCAUUCAUGCAGUUUCCUCCACAGGAAACAUCCUUUCAACCAGAAAGAUCUCUCCUGUGCAAGAUUUUUAUCAUGCAGUAACAAAUGCCUGUUUGCUUCUUCACUGGGGACUGGAAAGAGUUGAGCAACAUAUGUACUAUAAGACAAACAUUAACGGUUUUACAGAUACAGCAGAUGCUCUAUUUUUAUUUUAAUAUACCUUGUGUGGUGCAUUGUGGUGCUGUUCUUUACCUCUUUUGGUAACUGUGACUGCAAGAGCAGGAGGCUAAUAAAAUAUCUCAGUAAU